CCCACUCGCGCACAGCCGACCAAUCCGUUGACAACACACAAUAUCUUGACAAUCCCGUCAGCUGUGUGCCAGCCCAAAUAAAUAGUACAAGUGCGUUUCGGGUGUUUUCAUUUGCGUUUGCCAACAGACUGUUUUUAGAAAACGAUUCACCGACGCAUUCUCUGACGCAAUUCGCCCUUUGGACUUACAUCGCGACAAGUUGAGCCAAAUCACAAAAUGGGAGACGACGGUAUGAAUCUAUGCGAAAACAUCUGGAACCAUGAGCUGGCCAUGAGAAGACUGCUUUCAUUACUAAGGAAUUCACAGUCAGCAUGCACAGAUGCAGAAUGUUUCCAGUUCAGUCAACCGAACACUGGAGACAACGGUGUCAUGAUGAUGACACUGUGCUGGUUGGCGAUCGCCUUUUUUCUCUACAUGUUUCGUCCAUCCUCACUUCGCAACCAAGAGCAUGACUUAAAACCCCAUAACAACGGAGGAAACGGUGAAGGCAGAGACCCACCAGCUUCUCCGAAUGCUUUCUAAAUGUUACUUGAUCGUCUUUCAGUGGAAAAUGUUGCCUGUUGCAGCUGCACCCACAGAAAUACAUCUCUUUGAAUUAAUACUGUGUUUUAUAUUCAUAUAUAUAUAUAAUCAUAAUCGAAAGCAUAUUUUCAUACCCUAUAUUCAUUUUAAUAUAAGCUUUAUUUUUUAAACAUUUUUUUCUGGGUAUACAAGGGCAUAUAUGUAACAAUUGCACACCAAAAGUCAACAUGCUAGAAAUAUAUAUUAAACUCCAAUAAAUAAAGCUUGUUUGUUUUUUGAA